AUAAACGGUGCCGGAGACGCGGGCAUUGGGCCCUGAGGCUCAGGGAUGGCCCGGACCCCCGCCCGCAGUCCCAAUCGCGUACUGAGAGACGGCCUUCCGGUGAGGCCGGCAUUGAGCCGGCCCCUUCCGCUCCCAGUCCCGUCUGAGCCGCGCUAGGGGUGGAGUUCCGAUUCUGCCGCCGCCUCCGCCUGCCCGGACAGUGGCGGCGCCAUGGCGGCCGCCGCCGCCUCCAGCUUCCUAGCAGCCUCGCGGCUCCGCGCAGCCGCCGCCUCCAGCUUCCUAGCAGCCUCGCGGCUCCGCGCAGCCGCCGCCUGGUCUCGGCUCGGGGUACGCGGGGUGGCGGGGCCGCCCAGGACCGGCCCGAGCCCCUGUUCCGGCCGAGGAGAUUUGGAGGACGACCUGGACUCAGACUGGGAACCGGAGCGGGAGCUGCAAGAGUUGGAGAGAUAUCUGAAACAACAAAAAAAAGAGAUUAGAUUCCGAAAAAUCCUCAGAUACAUGGAAGCCUCAGGUGCCCUCCAAAGGAUCCUGAGUAGGGAUGCCAUGGACCAGAUUCGGCAUUUACACAAGGAAUUCUCUGAGGACUGGUCAGUUCCCAAAUUAGCUGAAGGCUUUGGAGUCAGCACUGAUGUGAUCAGAAGGAUUUUAAAGAGUAAGUUUGUUCCCACAUUGGAGCAGAAAAUAAAGCAAGAUCAGAAGAUCAUCAGUAAAGCUAGGAUCAUCCGCCAUCCACAGACAAAACCGGCUUUACAAGAACAGCCACCACUGCCAUCCUCUACAGGACAUCUGGUCUCAGGAGCUCUGUCAACAUCAAGACAGGAGGCCCUGCCACUGGUCCAUCAUAAGCACCAAGACUGCAGUUCAGCUGUACAGAAGAAAGAAAAGAAUCCUCAGGCGUGGAAAACUGCAAGAAGUCAGGAAGUUAGGGACAAAGCAGCUCAGAAAUUGAGGAGGGAGAGGCAUAUUUCUCUAGAUGCAGCCUUGGGUGAUCAUAGAGAAAACCGUAGUAUACGGCCUUCACCCAGGAAGCAGAAGCAAGCAGCAGAGUCUCACCCCGAUGGGUGGAUAAGUAAGGAAGAGGAAGAGGGGGUAAAGGAAAUAGAAACAGAUGGCAAGGAGUUCAGCAGCAAAGUGUUUCAAAAAGGGAGGGAGUUCUUUGAUAGUAAUGGAAACUUUCUUUAUAGGAUUUGAGCAGAAAUUUGUCAUAGUUUUCAGAAUGUCACCAAGUAGGAAGAACAGUGCUACCAGUUUUGUAUUUUAUUUGUACUUGAAUAUAUCAUUGUCCCAAGUUGCUAUAUAUUAAUUACCUUCCUGGAUUAGGAAGUGUUGAAGUUCUUGGAGUGAGAGAAUUUUCUGUGAAAUUCUGGACUUCAGUGUGCCAAAAGUGGUAAGUCAUAAACGGCAACCAUGAGAUAGAACAAAACUGUUGGUACCUCUGCCUUUUGACCUCUUGACAAUAGACUGGCAGCCAGGUGGUUUUACGGACAGAGCAUUGGACCUCGGAUUUGGAAGAGAGGACUUCAGAUCGCAUUUCCUGUGUGACCCUGGGUCACAAGCAUUUAACAUCUCUCUGCCUCAGUUUCCUUACCUGUAAAAUGAGGAAAAUAGUAGCACCUACCUUCUUGGAUUGUUGUGAGGAUUAAAUAAGAUAUUAUUUGUAAAGUUCUAUAUAAAUGUUAUUGUUACCAACAACUGGUGAUCCCUGGUAUGGUGGUAUAAAAUAAGCAGGAUAUCUUUACUGAAGGGUCUUAAUCAAAGUUCAGGGACCCAAGGAACUUAUGGUUUUCACGUUACAAAAAGUCACUCACGUUGUAAGGGGCUGAAUUCUGGUGGUUCUGAAAUAUGAACAGUUAGGGAGUAGUGGAAAAUUGCCUGAUGGCUUGAUAACCCAAAUUGCCUAGAACUUAGCAGUAACUGGUUUUCUUGUAUGAAAAAUUAAAUGACAUUUAGAGAAUUAGGUUAAUCUGUCAAAAUGUUGCUUGGUAUCAUGAAAGUUGAGUUAUGUGGUGGUGAAGUUGGAAGUGGGGCAGGAGGAAAAACAAGAGAACAGGAAUUUUCAUUUUUUUCUUAGACAUUUGAAUGUAAAUGUUAAGGUUUCUUUGGUGGGCUUUGCCACACUGCCUAUGGGAUACACGGAGAUCUGUUGAAAGUACUAAAAAUCACCCUACAUUUUCUGCAAGUCAGUUUUGCUAACAAUAAAGCUGUGAAGGUAAGUUAAUGUGUUGUUUGUGGCUAGAAUUUCCCUAUAUUCUGUUGUGAAAUAGGACACUGGAAAAACAUAAUAGAACCCAAGGCAAAGAAAUUUGAGGAGAAAAGAAGAGAUGAAAGUGAUCUGUGAGAAAAAGUAAUUCUGGCAGGGGCAGACAUUUCAGAACCAUCAGUACAAUUUCUUGUCUUUAUAUUUCCUUUGCCCUCUCCCCCCGCUCCCCACCCCCCCCAACCUACAUACAAUCAACUUUUUUGAAUCUUUCAAAGACUUCAUUCCACUGAAUUAGGUUAUCCUCUAUACAAAUGGAAUCAUGUAUUUUAGUCUAAUUUGUGUAUAGUAUCUAAAUUAGGUCCUGCCACCAAGUUGGUGGCUCAGAAUCCAUUUAUAAACAAGUUGGGCUCUCACUUCAGUAUGUUAGUACAGAUUGGAAUGCUGAAAAAUUUAAAUAUAGACCACAGUUUUCUUUUGUUUUUUUUCCUAAAACUAGAGGUACUUUCAUCAGAUAAAAAGUUGAUAGUAAUGAAGUGCCUAUAGUCUAUAUGCAAAGCACUGUGCUUAGAUCCAGGGAUAGAUACAAAGAUCCAUAGUUAUCAGAUUUUUUAUAAGAAGGGGGCAAAGAUAACUAAUACAAAAUAGAACAUAUUAUGAGUGCAUCAGCAAGGUACAAAGUGCCUAGAGAGUUCAGAAGAGGAAGAAAAUCUGUUUGGAGAAUUAGCAAAGGUUUCAGGGUAGUUGUAUCUUGAAUCCUAAGGAUGGAUAGGAUUUCAGCAAGUGAAGAUGAGGCUAGUUAGCUGUUUUAGGUAAAGAGAGCAGUUAACAUUGGAUAUUUACAUGGAACAGUGAGACUUGUUGGCUGUAGUCAUGCUAGACUAUGAAGUGUAAGGACAUGAAUUUAUGAUUCUAAUAUUAGAGAUCUAGUACAAACCAGUUCUGGUGGUUUGUUGAGGUAAAAAUAAGGACAAUGAGGGGCAACUAGUUGGUGCAGUAGAUAGAACAUCAGGAACACUUCCUACCUGUGUGACCCUGGGCAAGUCACUUAACCCCAAAUGCCUGGGGGAAGGGGGGAACAAACAGAAAAUUGUUAUAUCUAAAAAAUAAUAAUAAUGAGAGUGGAAUGAGGAAGGGCCAGAGUUCAAGAUUAUCAUAAAACUGGCAUUGAUGACUAGCUUUGUAAUGAGUACUCCUUAUAAUAAUCAUCCUUUAAGUAAGAGACUAAAAAUAAAUAUUUUGAGAAUUCAGAAAUAUAUAAA